AUGCACACGUAUCUAGAAAGUCCCUCGGAUGCCCUUCUACAGCGUCGCCGACGCAACACUGAGGAAGAAAUCAACAUUGAAUUAGAACCGAAGGACGUGUUUCGUUCCGCAGGCAUCUACGACAGAGCCGAAUUUCACUGUCGCGUUACGGGCAUAGAAAACGGUGGCAGAUUAGUUAGGUGGACUUUUAUUCCAGAUGACGCGGGGGAGGAGCGGGAUGUUGAAGGGGACAGCGUCAUCACCACGCCCAAUGAGACCCCCGACACAUCUGUCUUGGUCAUUGAGAAUCCGCAGGCUCAACAUGCCGGACAAUAUAGCUGCCGUAUCGCCAAUAAGCAGAGCACUGGACGACUUGUCAUUGAAGACAGAAAAGUCUUCAUAUGCAGUCGUAAAAAGCGUGUUUUUCGACCAACAUUUUCAGAGGUUAAGACAAAUCCAGAGUCGGUGACAGCUCGCCCGGGUUCAACUGUUCGAUUCUUCUGCUCGGUUACCCUAGCCGACGGCCGUGCCCCUAGAGAAGGCUCUACCAAAGUCAGCUGGUAUCGCAACGAUCGAAAGGCCCUGACGCCGGGUCGGGAAGAAAUUGUGUCCGGAACUCGCGGAAGCAAUGUCGCAGUCCUUGUGGUGAAGCAGCUUGACUGGAGCUAUAAUGACGUAGUCUACACUUGCACAGAUGGAUUCCGGAAGGCUGAAGCAAAGAUCGUGGUGCAGGACGCGUGCGGUCCGGGUCAGCGCUCCUGUGGCGGAGCCACCUGCAUUGAGGAGUCCCUUUUCUGCAAUGGUGUUCCCGACUGUCCCGAUGGUUCUGAUGAGAUCCCCGAACGUUGCCGUAAGCUGAACCAUGCUGGGAUGCUUUUGACUAUAUCGCUUUUUAAAUCAUUUUGCGUUGGUCCACUUAGAACAUGA